GAGGAAUUCCAAGCUGUUUACCAGAGCAGCUCAGUCAGAGACAAUCACGAAAACAAGAGCACGUUUGGAGAGCAGUGUGGCUGGAUUCACCAUAGGCUCAUCCUUAAAAGCAGCUAUUUUUUAUUUCGAUUCUUCACGAAUAACUUAUUACUCGGUAAUAACGGUGCGUCUAAUUAGACAAAAUGUUUCGACUGGUGCACGUUGUGUUUUUGGUUUGCUCGAUGUCGGUGGGCUGUUCAUUUGUUGUUAAAGAGUGCAUAACAUCUGAUGGGAAAGACUACAAUGGAAGACAACAGCAUUCAUUCACAGGGAAAAUCUGUCGCAACUGGAACGAGAUAAAUCUAAAGUUUACUGACUUAGAUACAGGUGUUGGUGACCACAAUUUCUGUCGCAACCCAGAUGGUUCUGAGAAGCCCUGGUGCUAUGUGUCCGACUCUAAUGGAGAAGCCAAAAAAGAGGCAUGCGAUAUCAGAAUAUGCCAAGAGCAAAACUUACCAGAAGCCUUGGGUACAGAGAACUGCAUUCUUCCUACAAUCCCAAGCACAAGGACGGUGGAGACCUUUGAACCGGAAACAUCCUUCCCCUCACAGGUGGAGAAUGCAGUGGUGCAGCCCGUGAGAGGAGUCCAACAGCAGGUCAGAACUGGACCAAAGAAGAAGAAAGACCUUGGGACUCUUGGUUAUGUUCUUGCUGUUCUCAUGAUGGCCAUCAUCAUUCUACUUGGAGUGGGCAUCACAGUGGGAUACUUCUACAAGCGGGGUCGUGACCUCAAGAAACAGCACGACCAGCGCGUUUACGAGCGCGAAAUGCAUCGCAUCACUCUUCCUCUCUCCGCCUUCACAAACCCCACCUGCGAGCUGGUGGACGAGAACACCAUCGUCAUCAGAGCCGACUCCAACAACCAGACACCCAAUCAGGAGGGCGCAGAGGGGGGCGACCCCCUUAUGGGGCCAGCACCAGCGACCCCCGGAGCCUGAGGGAGGGAGGGAAUGAAAGCCUGGACAGGCUUAGUUAAGACACUUCUAUGCAGGACAGCGGAAUCUCAGAGGACCAAACCCCAAGUCUACUUCCUGUUUUUAAGCUCUGUUUGUGUGCCCUGCCCUUAUAGCUCGGUUUGACAAGUAAAGGUAGGGCAAUUGCCCUCGAGGAUGAUUGUCACCUGAUAGUGUCCUCUUUUCUCACUGGAUCUACUGGAGAAAGUUGGAUGCUUGGCGGAAUUGGACAAAGUAUGAAAUGGUGGUUUUGUAUAAAUGUGCAUGUCAGGGACGGUCAUGAAGAACUAAAUGCACGAUGCAAGAUUUAAAGUGUUCAUCAUUAAUGAGCAUGAAUACUCCCUGCUCCUGAAAGGGCAAUGGUAACAGUCCUAUUCACUGCUAUAUAUCAAUACAAAGGGGAGACAAUCCAUACUGUUUAUUUCUUUUCAUUCUCAUUUUUUCUUCAUUCAACUGAGAUGGAGUGCAGAGUGUGGUUGAACCUGAAAUUGUGUUGAAACUCGUGGUGUACAUCUAUCCUCUUUACUAUAGGGAGGUGUGCAUUGAUAAGCAGUCAGAGGUAUUUACAUUAACUGCCUUUGAUAGUGUUAUCCCAGAAAUCCAUAUUCAAGAAUUUGUUGUGGCAUGUGCUCUUGGAUGCUAGAGUUGGGAGGUUUUUGACUUAAAACGAUGAGGAAAGCAAAACCAACCCCAGCUUUCUGGAGAUAUUGCCUUUGUGAUUCACGUUUGAAUGUAUUGUUGCUUCUGGCUUAUAUGAAGAGUGUUAAGAAGUUAUUAAGCACCGUAGACCUCAGCCAACAAAUCAGAAGAGGUCUGUGAUGGGACUUUUGUAUAAAUGUUGUAUGUAUGUUAAUGUUCCUCUGUCCUAUUUAGACCUUUGUGUAUGGUCCACAACAAUGUACUCUGAAAUAUACAAUCAACCAGUGCUGCGAGUUCCAUAUUUCUUCAUCUGUUACAAAAAGUGUUUUCAUUUUGUGGCGAUUGUAGUCACUUAAAUUCAUUAUCAGCAAACAUUUUGAAAAUUGUUGUGUCAUAAAAAAAUUGUUUUUGAUUUUAGUUUUUUUUUUUUUUCAAAUACAUGGGACUGUACCAGUUUAACUGCUUCUGUUUUCUAAAAGGUCGAACUUGCAUUUUUAUGUUUGGCAGAUUUUUUACUGCUGUGGGAUGAAAUAAAAAAGAGAAGAAAAAUAU